GGUCUGUCCGUGAAAGAAUCGUGUUUUCUGUUAGAUGGGUGUGACUGGGACACUGACUAAGCACAUAUUGAAAUAUCUAGGAAACCACAAAAAGAGAGUAAAUACCUUGUUGUUAAAGAUAUAGUUACGAUCAAGAGCACGUAAAUCAAACUGUAAUAUGUGUAAGGGAGUAUUGCAUAGUGGUUCCUAUUUUGUUUUUAUCAUAAAAAUAGGGGAUAUUUAUCCUACUUUUGGUAAGAUCACAUAUGCUGUUUGGACAAUAACAGUUAGGCAUAUAUGCCCUGAUACCGCACACAGAAUUGUAUGUCCGAGUGUCGAAGUCCACAUGGUUCAUUUCAUAUCAAUAUUUUGUUUUAUUGGAAUAGCUUGAAUAUUCAAUUUUUGUAGAGUCACGGUAGUCAUUUUUCCGAGAAUAUUCCACUGUGUCUGACCCACUGCACUUGAACAUGACGUCACACAAAUGAUGCAAUUGAAUGUCUUCUUUUCACCGCCCGAGAAAUGGUCUUCUCUUUAAACAUGUUAAACUAAGCGUGGCUUCCGAGAUGAUCAUGUAUUAUGAGUGGUGACAGGAUUGGUUUUACAGCACAUUCGAUGAGGAUCACUCUCCUUCUGACUCCCUUUUAGCGAUAAUGCCCGGCGAAUGAUAUUGCAAAUUUGUAGUAAUCACGGUCUAAUUGCGAAGGCGGAGAGACCAUAUCUUCUAGUGACUGUCUCAUUUAGAAAUAAAGCUUCUACUCCCUGGUGCUUUUAUUAAUCCAUGGACAUUAUAAUUAAUACCUGCAGUAGUCCGACAUCCAUCAAAUAACCGUCACUUCAACUUUUCGUGAAAUGAGACGCUUCGCGAGAACCAGACGAAGGUGAACCGCGAUGAUCACUUCUCGAUGAACUCUCUGCCGUAAAAGAAGUUGUGUUGUGGAGCCCAGAAGCCUUUGAUAUUUUGGAGAAUAACUAGGUUCAAAUCUUUCUUUUUUUUAAAUCUUGUUUUGUAUUCAUGAUGAAACGCAGGAGCCUUGGACAGAUACUAAAAGCGAACCCGAAGUGGAACUACCUCUCAGGCCGAACGACUCCUGGCGAUCGGGAGGAUUCAAAUAGCUGCGGGAACUGCUCACCAAGUAUGGAAAUGAACAGAAAGGAUUUUAGUGGCUCAAUGAAGAAGGCGAAACAGUCUCUGAAGAUGCUUCAAUCAAUGUACAAGAAUCCACAUGCUAAGGAGGACUGUGUGGUAGAGGAUAUGGAAACAGCACCAGAUAGCUGGGAUGCAAACGAAGGGUUAAAGGAGAGUGUUCAGCUAAGUUUUGACGAGUUUCUAACAGGGCUUAACUUGGACCCGGAGCGGCUGCAUGCCCUGGAUAGUAAGGGAGCUAGCUUCCUUCACCACGCCGCCAAGGCCGGUCGAAGGGACCUGGUGGACUAUCUCGUAGAUCGUGGGCUCGAUAUAAAUGGUGUAGAUGAGGCUGGUAAUACACCGCUACACUGGGCCGUCGAGAGUGGGGAAGCUAAAAUCAUCGAUGCCCUCAUCGGGAUUGGGGCUCGAACAAACAUACUGAACAAGUUAAAGAUGGCCCCCCUUCACCUGGCUUGUGACAUCAAUUCCGUGGACUCUGUAGAGGCAAUUUGCCGUCAACCAGAUUGUGAGAUCAACAUUCGCGGUGAGUUCGGUCAAGUACCCAUCCACUACUGCGCUAUGAAAGACAAUUUCGAAGCAGCAAAGAAACUGAUCGAGUUUUCUCCCUUGCUGUGUAUGAGUGAUAACAAUGGUGUGUAUCCAAUCCACUGUGCUGCUACCCAUGCAUCGAGAAGAGUAUUGGAUAUAUUACUAACAGAAGGUAUUAAGGUUGGCUACUCCCAAGAGGUGCUUCUCAACCAGAAAGAUAAGGAGCAAUGCACUGCUCUGCACUCGGCUGUGGACGGAGGGAGCGAGGAAGCAGUUGCUUUAUGUCUCGAGUAUGGUUCUUGCCUAGAAUCUCAACAGGAUAACAAAUGCACUCCUCUUCACUUGGCCUGCGGUCAGGGAGCACUGCGCAUCGUGGAGAUCAUGCUCUCAAAUUACAAAACAGAGAACACUCUAGAAAUGCGAGACAUAGAGAUGAUGACACCGUUACACAAAGCCGCCAUGUUUGAUCACGUGGAUGUCGUCAGGUAUCUUCUUGAUCAGGGAGCAGACAUCGACGCCGAAGACCUCGAAAAUCGUACGCCACUCCUCCUGGCGGCCUCAAAGCGUGCAUGGCGGUCAGCGAGACUCCUUCUCCAGAAAGGCGCCAACUUCUUCGUUAAGGAUGCAGAAUGUCGUAACGUCCUACACAUCGCCAUUAUACAUGGUGGGAAUAUUCGGGAGCUGAGAGUCUUUACUGAUACGCAAGAUACGUUUGCUAGUCUACUGAACGAGCGAGACUCGCACGGCUGUACACCGAUGCAUUACGCCACCCAGCGAGGUAACAUUGUGUGCGUAGAAAGUCUGAUAGAUCUUGGUGCUACGGUCAAUCUUAAGAACAACUCUAAACAGUCCCCUCUACAUUUUGCUGCCAGGUAUGGGCGAUUAAAUUCCAUCAAGCGACUCUUAGACAGCAAGAUAGGACCAAACAUCAUUAAUGAUACUGAUGGGGAGGGAAUGACAGCUCUUCAUAUUGCUGCCCUCCACGGCCAUCAGAAGGUAGUCCAACUUCUUCUCCUGAGGGGUGCCCUGCUUCACAAGGAUUAUAAAGGCAGAACUCCGUUCCAUCUUGCUGCCAUGGGAGGGUACAAGGAGACCAUGGAUAUCCUAUAUUCAACUCAUGGGCACCUCUUAGACCAAAGCGAUGACUGCGGGAAUGCACCAAUCCUUCUGGCCGCUCAGGAAGGCCAGGUCAAUGCUGUAACCUACCUUCUCGAUCACGGUGCCGCCGUCGACAUCGUUAACUGUGCCGGUGAUGGUAUCAUGGACAUCGUCUUUGACACACAUAAUAAGGACGUCGCUGUUGCCAUCGUCCUACAUAAUCGUUGGGAUGAGCUGUUGAUGUGUACAUUAGCUGAUAAUAACCCCAUAGACCGACUCAUUCAACAUAUGCCAGACGUAUUCAUGAGGGUAUUGGAUAAAUGCCAAACAGUUUCUGAUCUAGAGCCUGGCCAUCCCGAAUACUGGAGGCGUUACGAUUUCAAAUAUCUACAGCUUCCAGUAAAAUGUCGUCGACAAUGGCUCAAGAAAUAUGGAGAAUAUCAUCCGCUCUGCACUCUGAAUUCUAUGGUCAAAUACAACCGCGUAGAGCUACUAUCUCAUCCCGUCUCCACCAAGUUUCUGGACAUGAAAUGGAAAGCAUAUGGAGCCCUGAUGCACACGCUCUACACAUCAAUAUACCUAGUGUUCCUGGCAAUAUUAACUAGUUUUGUGUGCACAACUGAUCCAAAGCCGCAACAUUCCAACCUCACAUCUUUCAACAAAACGGAUUUGCAUAUGAAGAGAAACGAGACCACGGAUUUGCAAUACAUCUGUGUCAUCAUUAUAGUUUUAUACUGUGGACUAAACAUUCUGAAAGAAUUUGUCCAAAUAUCUCAACAGAAAUGGCGUUAUUUCAUAGACCCAACUAACUACAUGGAAUGGGCACUGUACGUCACCGCCGCCAUGUUUGUCGGACCAUUCCUGAUACGUGACGACACUCCAUCGUAUCACAGUCAAUGGGUUUUUGGAGCCUUCGCCAUUUUCUUUGCUUGGUUCAACUUACUCCUCUAUCAACAGAAGCUUGGAAACAUUGGGAUCUACGUGGUGAUGUUUCUUCAUAUUCUCAAGACAUUAGUCCGUGUCAUGUUCGUGUUCAUGAUCCUUGUCGUGGCGUUCGGAAUGUCUUUCUACAUUCUUAUGAAACAAGAGACCAACAACGCAUUUGAAAAGCCUCAUUACGCUGUCAUACGGGUACUGACGAUGAUGAUGGGCGAAUUAGACUACAUAAAUUCGUUUGUUCUCCCUAUUUAUGACGAUGAUGAUUACACUCAACAUUACCCCGAGUUUUCACUCAUCUUCCUCCUUGCUCUUUGUGUGCUGCUGCCAAUUUUACUCAUGAACCUCCUGAUUGGUCUGGCAGUCGGUGAUAUCGCAGCGGUACAGCGAGACGCUCAGUUAAAGAGGCUUGCCAUGCAGGUCGAACAGUACACCGACGUCGAAAACCGACUUCCAUUGAGAUUCAUCGAGCGAGUCGACAAGGACUUCGUUCUCAUCUACCCCAACCAACAGCUUGGCUGGAUGUUAAAGAACUGCAUGCAUUUGGUGACAACCUUGAGCGCCGAGGAGGAAGAGGCUCUGCGUUCUUCUGACUCUGAAUUCAACCCCAGGCAUAUGCACGGAGAGGUAUCCAAGCUCAAACGGAGACUGAAGAAUAUGUCAAUGAUGAUGGACAAGCAGUAUGAACUGAUGAGAUUGGUUGUUCAGAAGAUGGAGAUCAGGUCAGAAGCUGAUGAGAAAGACGAAGGUACCUGUGAGGAGGCAUUCAUGAUGAGACCUAGAUCAGCCAGACUAAACCUCAGCCAAGUCGUUCGACUAGCCAACGCAAAAGGCAAGGCAAGCCCAAGGCGUCAGAUCCCGUUGAAACCGGACAGCGCCGGUCGCAACAGUCGCCCUGGUUCCGCAGGUCGCCGUAGCCCUGCAUCGGUCAUCAGUAACAUCAGCUCACGGGGGUCCCCUUCUCCUACAAAGAUGAUCCUACCUGCAGAACCAUCUUUCUAAUGUUGACUCAUUCAUGCCAUUCUGUCAUGCUGCCGACACCCAUGGGCGGAAAUCUGUCCCCAAAGGUAGAGGGGACCAGGGGAUGGAAAAUUUGAUAUGAAAAAAAGGGUUUUACCCAAAAUGUAAUAAAUUCUACCCAUGCCAACACCAAUCAAACUAACUCCAAACUGACCCUUGGUAUUUUUGGAUAUAACAUGACAGGUCUGGUCGGUCAGAGUUGAUUUGAUUAUCUGUUUUUAUUCAUUGAAAUAUCUUCAUACAGGAUAACAUGUUACUGAUAACAGAGUUACUGUUCAGCAUGGUCCUGUUAACGUAGGAAUACCAACAAGAGAUAGAUAAAAAACAAAUACUUCUUCUUUAAAACAAAGAUUGCGCUUCAUUGAAAGCAUUCCUGUAUUGAUGGUAUGAUGGUAUACCACUCAGUCAUUGCCAUUUCAUGGACCUAUUAGGAAAUAGGUCCAUGGUCAGUUCAUGGCUCUGAUCCACAGUACAACACUGCUCAACACGUACACACCAUCUAGGCUUCUACGACGUCAUCAUCGGCUGCGACUUGAAACCGAUUUUAGCUUUACUCCAACCAAAGGACUUGUCGCAAAGCAAAAUUAUGAGUUAAUUAUUCCUUACACAAAGUAUGUUUACUUCUAAGAACCUUCACAAUUAAAGCGAAUCGCGAUUUAUUAGAAAAUCGCAUCGCAUCGUUCGGAUCGCGUAGUAUGCACUUGGAUUUAAUUAUGGCCAUGCCUGACACAAUUAUGUGUCUUAUAAAAUACAGCAAAUUAAUAUAAAAUUUUCAAGCUACAGCGGUAGAUUAUUUUCAAUGCCAUGUGUUAUGAAAGUUGUAAUAUGUAAAAGUUUUACUAGUUUGUUAUGAUGUCUAUAAUUUGAUGUACAAUCUUAGGUUUUUCAUUAAAAUUUAUCAUGUAUAUAAUUUCUGCAUAAUUCCUUAUUUAUUUAUUCAAUGAAAUGGAAAUUUAAGUUAAGAGGUUUUUAUCUAUAUUGCAGCUUUAAAGUUCAUCAUCACCUUGAUUACUUUUGAUAUAUAAUCACCACAUCCAGAAAUAGUUUGUUUCAUAUACUUUUUUAUCAUUAUGCAUACACUUUUAUCUUGCUUUCUUAUUUAUUGCCAAAGUACAUGAAUUUAGUUGGUAAUUACUUUAGAAAUUGUAUCCAGAGCUGUUUAACUUCUGGGGAGUGUUGCUUGAAGCAAUGUUGACAGUCGUUUUCACUCUGUAAGUGAAAAUCACUUACUAUUUGGUAUAUUUAAGCUAAUGUUUAUAUUUUAUGUUAAGUGAUUGUGUUUUAUCUUAUUCAUUUGCCCACUUAAAUGGAUUCAGCCCUUUUCGAAUGAAUGUUAUGUAAAUUAAAACCAUGAUGAUCAAAAUAGAAAAGAAAAAAAUGUGCUUGCCAAUUUCUGCACAGAAAUCGUUUAGGCAGCCUAAUCAUACGUUUUAUCAGGGCUAUUUUCAUAAAGAAUUAGACCCGUUUUUGGUUGGGAUUUUUAAAAUACAACAGUAUACUUUUUUACAAAAUAAAAUUUAAAAAGCUAUUUCAUCCUGAAAACAAAUUUUCUUAAAUAAAAACAACAUUUCACAAAUGAAGCAGUGAAAUUAAAGAAGAAUAAUAAGAUGAAAAAUGACCAAUUUAUUGCUUUAUUUCUAUGCAUGUCGGCAGUAUAGUAAUUUGUCCAACGUAGGAGGCUAUCUGUUGAUGUAAAAAAAAUUCUCGUAAUUUUAGGAAAUCAGAAGUACUAUAUACCAUUUUUAUACACGUUUACCUCUAUCAUGUACUUAUUCUGCAUUGAUAUUAAAUGUCACUGUAUACGCUUGUUAUUUGUGCUAUUCUACAAUCGUUGACAGGCGAAUUCAAUUCAAUAUUUUAUUUCAUUUCCAUUCAAAACAUAAAACAAAGUAAUAGAAAGUUAUACAAAUCAAGUACAAUUUUACAGACGAGCAUUCUUACUUCGUAAAGCAAACAGUAUAAUUGCAUGAGAAAUAGUCAUGGUGUUUUCUUUGGAAUGAUUUACCAUUAAAUUCAAAAGUCAUAAUCAUCACCCUUAGAGACUUUCAAAUCUGAAAUAAUGUCUUGAUCUUUUUCUAACAGUAUCAAUAAUCUUGGCACUGUUACAUAAAAAGCUUUUCAUAAGAUGCUCUUGCUUACAAUACUUUCAGGUCUUUGAAGAUAGCUAAUCUGAGUUGGAGUUUUGCUAUUAUACAGGAAAUUUUUUUGACAGGGAAAUCAUGUGGGUUUCUCCUUGUUGAAACAAGAAAGGGUAGGCCUAUCAGUCAUGCAUCAAUUCAUAUGACUAGCUUUAUGAAACUGACCCGCGGGUCGUUUCAUAAAGCUGUUUGUACGCUAAGAGUGACUUUAAAAACGACUGGUGAUCCUUUUUGUGGUAUGUGAUAUUCACCAACAAAUGUUCAUUGAUGAUUAUGUAUACUUUCACAAUCUUUCUGCUAUUAUGUGGAAACUAGCAAUUGUCAGUUUUUUUUAUAUUUAAUGUAUUUAGCAGGCAACUCGUAUUCAGCCAGUACCCUUCAAAGAAACAGUUUUAGCAACACAGAAAAAUAUGCCAUAUGCGUGUUACACAGUAAAAACGCUGUUUACUAUAUGAAGCUUAUAGUAGUUGUUUAACGCUUUAAACAAUCAUGUUCAAUUUAUU